AUGAGAAACAUUAUUAUUUCAGAUUUUGAUGAAACAAUCACAAGGGCUGAUACAAUCGGCACCAUUGCUAAAUUACCGUAUCUACUAAACCCGCGGUUGAAACCUGAGUGGUGUCAUUUUACCAAGACGUAUAUGGAUGGAUACCAUAAAUACAAAUACAAUGAAAGGAGACCACUACCAUUGUUACCUUCAGAUGUAUCUUCAAUAAUUUCAGGGUCAAACUUCAAUGAGUUGUUUGCAGACGAAUUGAAAUAUCAAAAUCAUAACAGGGUUGUUGAGUUAAAUAGUGUAAAUGAAAUCACGAAACAGCAGAUUUUUAAGUCAAUUACCUUAGAACAAAUGAGAAUGUUCGCUAGAGAUCAAAAUCACGAUAGCUGUUUAUUAAGAGACGGUUUCAAACGGUUCUGCUCUUCAGUUGUCAAAAGCUUUGAAGAUGAUUUUUACGUUUUAUCAAUAAAUUGGUCAAGAGAAUUUAUCUAUGAAGUCAUUGGUAACAGAAGACUCAAUAAUAGUCAUAUUUUUUGCAACGGUCUGAAAAAAUUCGCAGAUAAAUAUCCUCCGACUUACAAUGGUGAGUUUGACUGUCGAUUAUUGACAGGCUUCGAUAAGGUCAAGAUACUGGAUGAAAUAUUAGCUAAGAUUGACACGGAUGGUAAUAAGGAGGACAGCACUUGCAGCUAUUGGUAUAUAGGGGACAGUGAGACCGACUUGUUGUCCAUACUACAUCCAUCUACUAAUGGCGUACUGCUAUUAAACCCGCAGGAAAAUCCUUCCAAGUUCGUAAAAAUAACUGAAAAAAUUAUUGGUGUUUCAAGGGAUAAAAUCUCGAAUUUUGGAACCGCCAGCGGUCCAUCUUGGUUAAAGUUUUGUAGAAAGGAAGGUGGUAAGUCUGCUUACCUUGUGAAAUCCUGGGACUCAUUAGGAGAUUUAAUCGUGCAGGCAACAAAAAGUUAA